AUGGCCAACAGUCAAGACGUAUGCGCAUACUCGUGCGAUGAAACACCAGGAGAGCUCGAGCCGUAUGGUGACAUCGCAGGCCUAGGUGUCAUCUCCAGCUUUUUAAUUACUUCCUUUAUGCUAGUCACCUUCCUCACGAUAUUCUAUCUCGUCUUCCACAACCCAAACUUGGAUCCUUUUCGCCCGAUGAAUGAUAUGACGACUGAAACCCAACACCCGAAUCCAGUUGACCGCGCAUUUCUUAACACCUUCCGCAGGGGGACUUCCUUGCAAGACAUCUCGUCAAGAUUUUCUGGCUCUCGGGCAAGCCAGCUUGAGUCUAUGCUCAACAAGGUCGAUAGUCACAGCUUCAUUUUUUUUAUUCUGGAUGGUUAUCAUUCGCAGUGUAUUUUGAUGUUUGCAGACAUCCAGAUUUUCACAAGUAUAGCUAUUCUAGUGAGUGGCUAUACUGCCCUUCAAUGUCGGCUAUCUGAAUAUCAUUGGCAAAUUAUCGUUCACCUCGCCUGGUUUGCCUCAGUCACACACCUUGCGGCACUAACAUUUCUACGGCACUACCUUAUUAAUCACCCAACUGAGAAAACCUGGAGAGUAGUAGCAAUGCUCAUUGUGUUGAUCUUGUUGAUUGUAGCCAUGAUCCCAACGUCACACUUUACAUGGGCAAACGGCUAUGAUCAGCAGGACAAAAAAUACGGAUUGGUUAACACAGCCAAUAACUACGCAGUCUGUUCUUAUAGACCAAGUGUGGAUAUAGACACGUUUGCAUUUCAGUCCAUGCUGAUUUCUGUACUCCUCUUGAUUUACGGAUACUUGAUUCGUUUAGCUAAGAUGCGGUCUGGUCUCGUAAAUAGCCUGCGUGGAAUGGCCUCUACACUUAAGGAAAAGUCAACAUCUCGUUUAGAGAAUUGGAAUCCUAACCUUAGCCAGUCAGUACUAAGGAUAAUGCUCAGUAUUACCCUGGAACCUAUUUCAAUCGCCGCGUUCCAGGUCCUCCACGUACAACUGGAUCUUCUCACUUCCCUAUUUUCAGAGAUAGGUGUUAUGGCUGGUGUUUUCUACGGCAUGGGAAACCAACAAGAUCUUCUCGACUCGAGGUCACAGUCCCGGUGGCGAAAACACUUGGACAUUUGGCCAAGUACUUCCCUUAGUGUUACUCAUCGCACCACUGUUGUCGAUCGUGGCGUUUAUCAGGUGAAUCAUGAGCUCGCAGAGAUGCAUACUGUCAACACACAUGGUAGAACGGAAGGGAUUGAAUACACACAAAUUGACUCCCAACCGAAUGACAUACAUUCCGAAUCUCACCAGGGCCUCUCUGUGAAUGCAACUAGAGUUCAAUAUGAAAACUCCGGUUCUUUUCAAGGUGUGGUCUUUCUCGCGGCCUGGUCAUAUUUCCACUUUGGUAUAUUUCUUGUUACUUUCGGCUUGGGUAAACCAAGUUCACUUGCAUCCUCAUUAGCACUUGAAUUCUUUGUCUUUCAACCUGUCUUUCAGCUUCUGUGGGCAUUAUUGUGUUUAUGGCUAUCAAAGUUAAAGUUGCAGAAGUGGAUAUCGUCUUCUCUUUACUUUUUGGUUUUCCUUGCGAUUCUCAAAACGCAAACAGAUCAAUUUCUCAUUGACCCUUUCGAAGCAAAAAGGCUUCCUGUUUUGUUUAUCGCCUACGUACUUCUUGUCAUCUUGUCUAUCUUUUAUCUGUCCAGCCAGCAUACCUCAGUCGGUGUUAAGCCUGUCAAGCUGCUAGUGGCAGCCGUUAUGCAACUUAUGAAUUAUGGUUUGAAAAUCGGUCUACUCCUAUAUUACUUCAAAAACGGGUAA